AUGAUUGAAUUAGGCUUGAGUCGCAUUUCGAGUCUCCUCCAACAAACCCCGCUAUCAUGGAAGGCCAUCCAUAUUGCGGGGACAAAUGGAAAAGGCUCAAUCAGCGCUUAUCUGUCGCACCUUCUUUCUACAGAUGGUGUGCGAUGUGGUCGCUUCACAUCACCACACUUGAUUGAUCGGUGGGACUGUAUUACAAUUGGCGAACGAGUCGUCCAGGAAUCACUAUUUCGACAGAUUGAAGAUCAAGUCAAAUCACGAGACCAAAAAUUGGGGAUUGGGGCCUCCGAGUUUGAGCUUUUGACAGCGACCGCAUUUGAGAUUUUCAAUCAUGAAAAAGUCGAAGUUGGAGUUGUUGAAGUGGGCAUGGGUGGUCGUCUUGAUGCUACAAAUGUACUGAGUGAUGUACUGGUUUCCGUCAUUGCCAAGAUUGGCAUGGAUCAUCAGGCGUUUCUAGGUUCGACCAUCGAGGAAAUUUCUCGAGAGAAAGCAGGAAUCCUGAAGCCGGGGGUACCUUGUAUCGUUGACAAUACCAAUGAACCGGCCGUGCUGAAGACCUUGUCGAACCGUAUCCAAGAACUUGGUAUCGACGCAACAUUUGUCUCCCCGGAGAGGGUAGAGAAACAAAUCCCAGCUCUCGCGCAAUUCUUCAAGAACGUCGACCUUGAACCCCACCAGCAAGAAAAUAUGAGCUGUGCUGUAUCAGCCCUGCGCGUUGCUUUGCCCAAAGUUCACCCCGGAGCAGAUGUGUUAUCCUUGAUUCCACGUCUGACUGACGUGAAGUGGCCUGGUCGCUUGGAAAAUAUCAGUCUUCAGUCUCUUGUUGGCCGUGAAGAACCGGUUCUUCUCGAUGGAGCUCAUAACCCUCAAUCAGCCAAUGUACUUGGAAAAUUUGUGGAUCGUAAACUACGAUCUCAAUCUCAACCUGUGACAUGGGUGGUUGCUGCUUCAAGUGGAAAGGAUCUGGCAGGAGUCUUCCGCUCCAUCAUUCGCCCCGGAGACAAUGUUGCUUCAGCGGAGUUUGGACCUGUUGAUGGAAUGCCUUGGGUAAUGCCGACCAAUGCCGUUGAACUCGCUGACGCUAUUCAAUCCAUUCCCGAGAUUGGAGAUGUGAAGAGUUUUGAGGGAGAUUUGGUCCCUGCUCUUCAAUGGGCCAGCAAGGUUUCCCAUGGUGGACCACUUGUUAUUGCUGGUAGUCUAUACUUGAUUUCCGAUGUGCACCGUUUACUUCGCGAUGUUCUGAAAUGA